AUGGAUCUGCAAGCAUGGCACCUCCGCGCGGGCGCCAUCCUGGGCAUCGCGUUGCUAGUGGUGCUUGUAGCGGACCAGUCCACUGCUCUGGUCCUGGCCCUCUUGGCCCUUCUCUUCUCCCAUGCGCCCCGCUCGCCGACGGAGCCGAUGGCGACGGAGCCCUCGGAGCCGGCGCCGGAGCCGGUGGCCGAGCAGCAGAAGACCUGGACGGAGAGCGUCAUGAUGGCAGACACCGGUGUGGCCCGCCCGGCCGCGCAGGUGGCACGGGCCUGGCUGCAGAUGGUGCGGGCAAAGGACCUACCAGCGAAGGUCCGGGCGAGGAAGACCCCACUGCUGCGCAGCAGCUCCUCCGAGCUUUGCGGCAGCAUCACCGAAGGCGAUGAGAGCGAGCCCCCCAGCCCCGGCAGCUGCCGCCUGGAGAUUGAGUUGGAGCGGUCGUCGCUGUUGGAGGGCUGGGGCUUUGUGUGGCGCAGUGGCAGGCGGCAAUGGGUGCUGGAGUCCCUCAGCGCCGGCCCGGCUGCGAAGUCGGCUCUGGAGCCCGGGAGCAUUCUGGUGGAGGCCAAUGGCUCUACCACCUGGAAGGCGAUCCAACAAGAGCUGGAUGCGGCCUUGCGCCUCCGUUUGGUCUUCGCGCGGCGAGCUGAGCCAGAGAGGACGAAAAGCGUGUGGAGUACCGAGUGA